AAUGUCUCCAUGAUUAUAAUAGAUUAUAGAAAACACCUAUAAUUGAAAACCAUCAAAACUGAAAUAAUCGUACACUCUGUCCCGAACCCACGGAUGUGACGUGCUAAUGUUUGGGUGGAGGAGUUAGCUAGCUAGGCUACGGAAAUGUCUCGCCGAAGAUCUUUUUUGUUUUUCUCCACUUUUCUGUUUGUCGAUCUCUUCAUGUUUGUCUCUGCAGACCAAAAAAACAUCACAGCAAAGUCUGGAGAGAACAUCACUCUACCAUGUCGACCUUCAAACAUCAACGUCAGCAUCAUAGUUGUGAAGUGGAGCAGAGAUUACCUGGGAAAUGAAUAUGUCCUUUUGUACCGGGGUGGUCAGUUUGUUCCAGACCACCAGCAUCCAUCUUUUAAGAACCGGGUGGAUCUGCAGGACAGACAGAUGAAGGAUGGAGACGUGUCUUUGAUUCUGAAGGAUGUGACGAUUAAUGACACUGGAACAUACGAGUGUCAAGUCAUCCCAAGAGGUGGAAACAAUUUGAUGCCCAUCAACAACAUCACCCUGAGAGUCGUUCCUCCAGGUCAGACAGGAGGACACACAAAGGAUGGAUCUGUUGGACUGAUCGUUGCUCUGUGUGUUUCUGCUGUGCUGCUUGUUGUUGCUGUUGUUGUUGGUUUUGUGAUCUACAGAAAACAUAGAUGUAAACAGAAGAGUAAGAUUCCAGCUGAACAGCAGUAGGUUUGACAUGUCUCAGAGCUUUUCCAGCUAAACUUUGUGUCCCAUGCUGCUGUUCUCUGUGUUAUCAUUAGACAUUCAAGGAAGACUGAUGGUCUGCAGACAGAAAAUGAUGAUGAUGGUAAAUUUCCAGAAUGUCAAGAAUUUCACUGUUACUUUAGUCUGUUAAUGCUUGUCCUUGUGUUACCUGUCAGUGACUUUGAACCACAACGUUCAAAACUUACAUCUA